AUGGAUCGUGCGCCUCGUCGCCGUAAUGGCCGCCUUCAGGCUUGCGACCCAUGUCGACGCCGGAAGAUGGCGUGUGACCACACACAGCCAACAUGCAGCAGAUGCGAGAAAAGAGGCCAAGCUGCCGCGUGCAUCUAUACAGUAACGACCGAACCGCCUUCCAAGAACCGCAACUUGCGUCACGACCGUUCAAGAUCAGGACGGAAUCUUCCUGUGCCUGUCACUUCUCCCUCUUCAAUCCUAGAUCCUUCCCCCGCAGUAUCACAAUUGGCCGCAGCCAGAGGCCAGAGUCAGAGCCCAGCCUCACUCACUCGCUCAUUUGGUAACGGAUAUUUGGGGUUCACCAGUUACUCAGCAGUGUUUGAUGAGACUCGCCAGAGACUCAGUCACAUUCAAGGCACCCCUUCAGCCAUACCCUCCGGUGAUGCGCAGGACUCACCACGGGGAGGAGGACUAAGUUGGACGUUGUCAUCGUCGACUAUCGCAAUAUGCCAGUCUAUUAUACGGGGCCUCCCAGAUCUCUCCAAGGUCAAAAUUCCGCCAGCCAGCUUUUCUGCCAACGCAAACCACGGCUGGGUGCGCGUCGCUGCGGCCAGGAUUCUCAAAACUUUACAGGCCAAAAUCUCGGCCUCUCCAUCAGACGAAGAGAUACUAGAGCUAUCUAAGAUGAUACACGAAAACACUAUGAAAUCAGUUUCAGACGAUCUCUCUAACCCCAACGAAUGGAUCCAACAAUUCAGCGGACCUAACCUGCGGUGGGAGUCUAUCGCGGUGCUUUUCACCUUGCCUGAACUCUUUGGCGCCAAUGGCCACACGGCAGAAAAUUCGAGGAUGUGGUCUCAAGUUUCCUUCAAGAAAGUCGUUUUGGAAUGCAUCGACCAUUGUGUACAUCUCGCCAUGGAUCAAACGGGAGGAAACCUCCUACUAUUAUGGGUAUGCUAUCGACGGACCUUUCUGGAAUCUAUCACCCUCGGCGAUGCUAGUUUACACUGCCUCCGCUCUCACGCCGAUUGCGUAUCUAUCUCACUGUUCCUCGGACUCCACGUUGAACAACCUACAUCCCACUACAAGCCGACAUUCUGCUCACAGUUGAAACGGCUGCUGCUCAAUCGUGUGUUCGUGAUUGAUAAAGUAAUCUCGGCUUUCCAAGGCCGCCCUCCCCUACUGAGUGGUCGAUACAUAAUGACGCCUUUGCCACUUGACAUAUCCGACAGGCAUUUCUUUUCUGGGAAGGGCGAUCUGGAUGCUGCCGUCCAGUUGUUGGAUGAAAACGGCUGGAACACUAAUGGAGAGGUUGGGUUGGCUACAAUCACUCGCGCACGAGCAGAAUUGGGACACAACAGGGAGAAAAUCCUAGAAAUCGCGUUAGGGAAUGGGUGGCAUGUGAAUAUCGAUACUUUACUGGAUAUCAAGGCUCGGGACUUAGCUGUGCUAUCCAGCUUUCCUUCCGGUCUUCUAUACAGCCCAAAGGACAUUGACAAUGCUAACUUUGAUGUGGACAUUUUCUAUGGCAAGAUUCUGAUACGGGUGGAACAUUUACAGAAUAUGUUCUUCAUCGAGCGUCUCUUGCUUCGUUACAAUUAUCCCGACGGGGGCGAACUAUUAGUAGUUAGCUAUGACAUGGUGACCACCAUUCUAGGCAUUUGGAUUCACAAGGAUAAAUUCACAUCGAUUCGGAGAGACUUCGAGUGGCUGGUCAUGGCGUAUGCUGCACCAGGCGGAGGGAUCCUCUGCAUGGAACUUCUCAAACCGACAUUUUCCGGGUCCCAUCCGAAGAAUCCCAAGAUCACACGAUCAAGCAUCAUCCAGCAGCUGAGCCUGCUUGUUGGUUUUCUCGACUGGGUAGGCCCCGACGCACCCAACGCGGACCUUUGCUCCAACUGCAGCAACGUGAUUCAACACGUGUUGGAUCUGACGCUAAACAAUUUUGGGACACCAACACAUAAUGAUUCUGUUGAUGCCUUGGGGCAGUUUGACUCGACCCAGAUGAACUUUAAUUUUGACUUGUUAGACACGUUUGACUGGCUCCGGACAGAUGAGUUUACGGGCGACCAAUAA